AUGCCAAGGCCGUUGCCAGACCGUCGGUUCCAGGACGUGGUUGCUGAGUGGGACUAUAAAUUUACAUGCGUAGAAAUUCCUACCGUGUUCGAGCUAAUCCUGGCUGCCAAUUAUUUGGAUAUUCCCGGCUUGGCGGAUUUAUGCUGUGCUCGAGUUGCCAGUGAGAUUCGGGGUCGGAGCGUUGAGGAGAUUCGCGCUCUGUUUCAAAUCGAGAAUGAUUUUACUCCUGAGGAGGAGAAACAGAUUAGAGAGGAAAAUAGAUGGUGCGAUCCCGAGUAA